AUGGAAAAAACCGCCUGCAUCCAAGACACUUUCGUGGCCGCCGCCAGACAGUAUAUCAGCAGUAAUGUGUCCUCGGACAUCUUCAAAGAGGAGAACGUGAUGAACGCAGCGGUGCUACGCCCCAUGUACAAUAUUUUCCGAAGAUUCGCGCCAGGUGACGGGAAGGUCGAGAUUCCGGGACAGACCUCCAAGAAAUUGUUUUUCAUCAACUGGGCCUCCACUUUGUGCGAGCCUCCACAAAAUGGCAUGUACCAUAAGCAGAGCAUUGUCUACAAGCUGGGUAUUCCUGGCAAGCUCAGUGUAAACGUGGCGCUCUCACGAUUCCCUCCUUUUCUGGAUGCCUUCAAGUGUCCCCCAGGGUCCCUCAUAAAAUCGGCGAAACAGUGCAUCUUUUGGUGA